AUGAUGGAUUCAAUGACUAAUGAAGAGUUGGAUAGUUCCAACCCAAAGCUCAUGAAUGAAUCGCGAAUCAUGCGGAUAGCAAGAGGUUCGGGUCGACAAGUAAAGGAAGUAAUGGAAAUGAUGGAAGAGUACAAGCGGCUAGCCAAGAUUUGGAGCAAGAUGAAGGGACUUAAGAUUCCGAAGAAGGGAGAAAUGAGUGCCUUGUCAAGAAACAUGAAUGCACAACACAUGAGCAAAGUCCUCCCUCCUCAGAUGUUGAAGCAAAUCGGAGGUAUGGGUGGUUUACAAAGCUUGAUGAAGCAAAUGGGUUCUGCUAAGGAUAUGAUGGGUAUGUUUGGAGGAGGCGAGGAUAAGUAG